UGAUAGCAGAACAGUCGACGGGGCCAGCACGAUCGAAACACACACACACACAUAGAGAGAGAGCCAGGUUAAGGGAACUGCCGUCCAAUCAAAAACACGGAGCARGAAGCAAUCCAUCCGCCGAUUGCUUCGCGAACGGCAUUUUCUACACACAUAGACACACGAUGACGUUUCUCCGAGCCUCGGUGUGCUCCACCGCGUUGAAAGGAAAGAACCAGGCCUGCCUGAAACUCCUGAAGAAGCUCGACGCUGCCGCUGCCUUUCCCUUUGCCAGGGCCUACUCCUCCACCCCGGCGUCCCUGCUGGCGGAGGGCGAGAGCGGGAGCGAGGCAGGAUCCGCUUCCGGGGGGUCCCCGGAAGCGGUUUCGGCCUCGGAAGAAAAGAAGCAGCGCCGGGCGGCCGCCCUCGAGUACAACCGGUCCCGGGCGGCCUACAAGCGCAGGGUCGGAAAGCUCCGGCACGACUACCGGGUGGAGCACGAGAGGCACACCGCCCUGGACCUGGCGGAACGGGACGCCGCCGUYGCGGCCACCACCCGGAGGCGCCUCGAGCGGCAGCGGGCCAAGAACGAGCGGUCCCUCCGCAACGCGAUCCGCCAGGAGGAGCUCCGGAGGCAGAACGCCGCCGUCUUUGCCGACCACCUGGAGAGGCAGCAGGAGGUCCGGGAGGCCCACCAAAAACUCCACCAGCGGGCCCGCCAGCUGCUCAUCGACGAGCUGGAGGAGGAAUCGAAGGACUGGCUGACCACGCCCGAGGAGGUCGAGGCGGCCUUUGCGGAUCCCGAGACGGAGCAGAUGCUCUGGGCCAGGCCCCAGGGGGUCCUGGGGGUUCCCAAUCCGUCGCUGGACUCGCACUUUUGGUCCCACGAGGGGCACACCUGGGACCGGUCCAAGACCUACAAGACCCGCUCGCAGGUCCUCCUCCAGCAGCUCGAGGAGGAGGCCUACACCCACACCAACGUGGACUACGACACGGUCUGGACCGAAGAAAGGCUCGGGGAGGCCCGGGACAGGGAGGACAAGGCCCGGCUCCGGGCCAACGUCCGCAUCGCCGGACGCAGGGCCCUCCUGCAGCGCCAGAAGGACUACCUGGCCAGGGAGCACGACGAGGGCUCCUCCCGCGAGGGGGAGCCCCCCAAGCCGCCGCCGGUGCCCUCCCUCGGCGUCCUCGGGAACGUGGCCGCCCAGGAAAAAGAAGGGGCGGAACUCCUCCUCGGGGACCCCACCAGRUUUUUUGUCUUUUCCGGCGGCGAGGGAGGCGCCGGUGCCGGCGACGAAUCGUCGAAGGCUCCCUACGCCGGGUCCUCCCUGGGGGUUCCGGUGGCGAUCCGCGAUCCCCUCCGYACGGGGCAGCCCCAGGGCAGGGUCUUUCCCGUCCCCGUCGGCAAGCUCCCCAAGCCCGACCUGAGGACCGAAAAGGAAAAGAAGCGGCAGGAGCGGGAGGAACGCCUCUGGGCGGCCGCGGCCGGCAAGGCUUCCGGYGAGAGCGACGAGGACCUGAUGCUCAUCGCCGAGGAGGACCGCGAGAUCGGCRAGGCCAUCGACUACGAGGAGGCCCACGCCAACUGGGACUCGGACGACGAGGACUGGGCCAAGGGGCUGGACAAGGACCUGGACAGGGACCUGCUGAAUCUCCCCCGGGAAUUCCGKUACAACCAGGAGGACAUCGAGGCCGUCAUCGAGCGGCUCGAGAGCCGGGCCGAGAUCUACCAGAGCCACGUCAAGAACACCAUCCGGACCAUGGAGCAGGAGGCACGGUCCCGGCUCGAUCGUUCCGACACCGGGGRCGACGAACCCGGCAAGCAAGAGGCCGCCGACAGCAGCAGCAGCGGAGAAGACAAGGCUCCCUUUUUCGACGCCUCCACCRCCGAGAAGCUCCGCAGCGUCGGUGCCGACGUCGAAAAAUACGAGCGCCUGAUGGCCUCGCUCACCGACGACCAGCUCCUGACCAUGUUUGCCCUCGAGGCGAACAGCAGCAGCAGCGGCACGAGCAAGGGCGAAACGGAAGGCAGCGAGCCCACCGCCACCGAGUCCGCCCGCACGCAGGUCUUCGAGGGCAUCCCGGGGCUUUCCCCGCAGCAGAUUGCCGAGCUGACGGAGCUCGAGUCCUUCAUCAAGGUGGCCGAGACCGAUUCGUCGUCCGUGACGAACUAGACCCGGUAGAAUCGAAUCGGGAAUGCCACUGCACCGAAUCCUACCAGGCUCGAACCCGGUCGUUUCCCGCUCUCUAAACGCAACGCAUGGAAUGGAACGGAACGGAAGGGAAUAAAAUCGAACCAAAUCGCUCGGAGCUCAAAACUUCGGUGGUCCUUCUUGUGCUGCAAUCUACAUUACGACAUUCCGGUUGGGUUGUUUCAUUCCCCUGUCGUUCCGUUCUAUCAAGUUUGGACACGAUGGACGGAGAGUGAAACAAUGUUCGAGUUCAAAGAAGGAAUCAAUCGAAUUCC